GGGAGGGAAAGAAAAAAAGCGUAAAGAGAAGGAGCCCAGCGACGGGACCGGCUGGCUGGGCGCUCGCCGGCGGCACCCAGCGCCGCGAUGGAGGAAGCUUCUCCAUAUUCUUUACUGGAUAUCUGUUUGAAUUUCCUGACUGCCAACCUAGAGAAGUUCUGCACAGAAAGGCAAGAUGGGACAUUGUGCUUGCAGGAGCCUGGAAUGUUCCCUCAAGAGGUGGCUGAUCGACUGCUGCAGACGAUGGCAUUUCAUGGGCUGCUCAACGAUGGCACCGUGGGCAUCUUCCGAGGCACCCAGAUGCGCCUGAAGCGCGCCUGCAUCCGCAAGGCCAAAAUCUCCGCCGUGGCUUUCCGCAAAGCCUUCUGCCAUCACAAGCUGGUGGAGCUGGAUGCCACGGGGGUCAAUGCAGAUAUAACAAUCACAGACAUUAUCAGUGGACUGGGCAGCAAUAAGUGGAUCCAGCAGAAUCUGCAGUGCCUGGUGCUGAACUCACUGACUCUUUCUCUGGAAGACCCCUACGAGAGGUGUUUCAGUCAGCUGUCCGGGCUCCGCGCGUUGAGCAUCACCAACGUGCUCUUCUACAACGAGGACUUGGCAGAUGUUGCUUCACUUCCCAGGUUGGAAAGUCUGGAUAUAUCCAACACCUCCGUCACUGACAUAACAGCACUCCUCACCUGCAAAGACAGGCUCAAGUCUUUGACCAUGCACCACCUGAAAUGCUUGAAAAUGACCACAACCCAGAUUCUGGAUGUAAUAAGAGAACUAAAAUACCUGAAUCACCUUGACAUUUCGGAUGACAAACAGUUCACAUCGGACAUAGCUCUUCGUUUACUGGAACAGAAAGAUAUCUUGCCUAACCUUGUGUCUUUGGACAUUUCUGGAAGAAAGCAUGUGACAGAUAAAGCUGUACAAGCAUUCGUUCUGCAGCGGCCCACGAUGCAGUUUGUAGGACUGCUAGCUACUGAUGCCGGCUACUCAGAGUUCUUAACAGGAGAAGGAAACCUGAAGGUUAAGUGGGGGAAUUGAUUUCACUGAAAAAAUAGAAUGUGCAGGGGAAAUAGAGCUAAUAGUU